CCAUGGCACGGGCGGGCGCCGGCUGGGCGCUGGCGCUGCUGCUGGCGGCGCUGGGGGGCCCCGGGGGGGCGGCGGUGGCCCGCGAGCGCUUCAAGGUGGUCUUCGCCCCCCUCAUCUGCCGCCGGACCUGCCUCAAGGGCCACUGCCGCGACACCUGCAAGCCCGGCACCAACAUGACGCUCAUCGGCGAGAACGGCCACGCCGCCGACACGCUCACCGGCUCCGGCUUCCGCGUGGUGGUGUGCCCGCUGCCCUGCAUGAACGGGGGCCAGUGCACGUCGCGCUCGCACUGCCUCUGCCCCCCCGAGUUCACCGGCCGCUUCUGCCAGGUGCCGGCGGGGCGUCAGGGGGGGCCGCCGCCGCCCCCCCCCGCCGCCGCCGCCGCCGCCCCGGGCCCCCCCGAGGCGCCGGGCCCCGAGGGCGCCAAGGUGGCCGUCUACGCCGUGCAGGUCAUCGCCGACGGCCCCGGCGAGCCCCCGCCGGCCCCCGGCCCCGGCGCCCAGGGGGGCCCCGGCCCCGGCCCCGGGGGCCACGGGGGCCACGUCAGCCACGCCACCUUCGUGGUGCCCCUGGGGCCCGGGCACCACUCGGCCGAGGCGCAGGCGCCGCCGCCGCUGGUGAACGUGCGGCUGCACCACCCGCCCGAGGCCUCGGUGCAGGUGCAUCGCAUCGAGGCGCUGCCGCCCGAGGGGGGGGCGCCGCGGGCCCCCCCGCUGCUGCUGGCCCACCCGGCGCAGCCCCCCGCCGGCCUCAAGCCCCCCGCGCCCCACGGCCGCCCCCACGCCCACAAGCCGCUCGGCCGCUGCUUCCAGGAGACCCUGCCCAAGCAGUCGUGCGGCAGCAACCCGCUGCCCGGGCUGACGAAGCAGGAGGACUGUUGCGGCAGCAUCGGCACCGCCUGGGGCCAGAGCAAGUGCCACAAGUGCCCCCCGCUGCAGUACACGGGGGUGCAGAAGACGGGCCCCAUCCGGGGGGAGCUCGGCGGCGACUGUCCCCAGGGCUACAAGCGCCUCAACAGCAGCCACUGCCAGGACAUCAACGAGUGUGCCAUGCAGGGCGUGUGCCAGAACGGCGAGUGCCUCAACACCCAGGGCAGCUUCCGCUGCGCCUGCAAACCCGGCCACGCGCUGGGCCCCUCCCGCAGCCAGUGCCUCCCGGAGAAGGCGGAGGAGAAGAGCCUCUGCUUCCGGCUGGUGUCGGGGCCGCAGCAGUGCCAGCACCCGCUGCCCACCCGCCUCUCGCGCCAGACCUGCUGCUGCAGCGUGGGCAAGGCCUGGGGGGGCCGCUGCGAGCGCUGCCCCGCCGACGGCACCGCGGCCUUCAAGGCCAUCUGCCCGGCGGGGAAGGGCUACCACAUCCUGACCUCGCACCAGACGCUGACCAUCCAGGGCGAGAGCGACUUCACGCUGCACAUCCACCCCGACGGGGCGCCCGAGCGGCCCCCCCGGCCCCCCCCGCCCGCCCCCAGCCCGGCGCCCCCCGCCGCGCCCCCGCCCCCAGCCCCGACGCCCCUGGCCAUGCUCCCGGCGUUCUGGACCAACUCGGAGGAGCAGGCGGUGGAGCAGCUCGACGGGGGCACCACGCCGGGGGGGCGCUACCCGGAGGUGGUGGCACGUCCCACCACGGCGGUGGUCUGGCGCGUGGUGGCCGAGCAGCACACCCGCAGCGCCGCCGAGAUCGCCCCCACCCAGGUCACUGAGACGGACGAGUGCAAGCUGAACCGCAACAUCUGCGGCCACGGGGAGUGCGUGAUGGGGCUGAGCGGGUACAGCUGCCUCUGCUACCCCGGCUACCGCUGGCACCCGCAGCGCCGCUACUGCACGGACGUGAACGAGUGCGAGGCGGAGCCGUGCGGCCCCGGGCGCGGCGUGUGCAUGAACACGGGCGGCUCCUACAACUGCCACUGCCACCGCGGCUUCCAGCUCAAGGUGCACAAGGGCGUCCGCUCCUGCGUCGACGUGGACGAGUGCUCCAAGCCGGACAUCUGCGGGGACGGCGGCACCUGCGCCAACCUGCCCGGCCACUACAAGUGCGAGUGUCACCCGGGCUAUCGGCGCAAGAGCGCCCGGCAGCCCCUCUGCGAAGACAUCAACGAGUGCCUGGACGUGGGGACCUGCCCCGAGGGCAAGUGCGAGAACCAGCCGGGGACCUUCGUGUGCAGCCCGUGCCCCCCCGGCUUCCGCGGCCACAACGGCGCCUGCCACGGUACGAGCCCCCCGGGGCCCAGGCGUCCGGGAGCCCGCCCAUCCCCCCGCCCCGGGGCCCAGGCGUCCGGGCGCUGACGGGCUGCCGCAGACGUGAACGAGUGCGAGGCCGGGGGGCUCUGCCCCAGCGGGGUCUGCGUCAACACGCUGGGCUCCUUCAAGUGCCAGUGCCCGGCGGGGCUGCACGCCGCCAAGGACCGGCCCCGCUGCGAAGACAUCGACGAGUGCGAGUUCCCGGCCGCGUGCGUGGGCGGCGAGUGCGUGAACACCGUGGGCUCCUACCGCUGCCUCUGCCGCCCCGGCUACAAGCUGCUCAACGGCCGCAAGUGCCACGACAUCAACGAGUGCGCGCUGGACCCCGGGCUGUGCCUGCCCCACGGCGCCUGCGAGAACGUGGAGGGCUCCUACGUGUGCGCCUGCCGCCAGGGCUUCGUGCCCGCCGAGGACCGCCGCAGCUGCCACGAGCGGGGGCCGCCGGCCCCCAAGAAGCAGUGCUACCUCAACUUCGACGACUCGGUCUUCUGCGACUCGGUGCUGGCCACCAAUGUCACCCGCCGCGAGUGCUGCUGCUCGCUGGGCGCCGGCUGGGGGGACCACUGCGAGGUGUACCCCUGCCCCGUGCACUCCUCCGCCGAGUUCCUGGCGCUCUGCCCCGACGGGAAGGGCUUCAUCCUCGACGACAACGUCCUCAACUACGGCGUCCCCGCGCACCGCGACAUCGACGAGUGCGGCCUCUUCGGGGAGGAGAUCUGCAAGGAGGGGAAGUGCGUGAACACGCAGCCGGGCUACGAGUGCUACUGCAAGCAGGGCUUCGACUACGACAGCAACCUCCUCGAGUGCCUCGACGUGGACGAGUGCCUGGACGAGUCGAACUGCGUGAACGGGGUGUGCGAGAACACGCGGGGCUCCUACGUGUGCACCUGCCCCCCCCCCGCCGUCUACGACCCCGCGCACAAGCGCUGCCUGCCGCCCCCCGACCCCGAGCGGGGCGCGGAGCGGCGCGACGUGUGCUGGCAGCGGCGGGGCGAGGACGGCAUGUGCGGGGGGCCGCUGGGCGCCGGGCCCCUCUCCUUCGAGGACUGCUGCUGCCGCCUGGGCGCCGGCUGGGGCUACCACUGCCGCCCCUGCCCCCCCCGCGGCCCAGGCCAUCAGUGCACCUCGUCGCAGAGCGAGAGCAAUUCCUUCUGGGACGUGAGCCCCCUCGUCCUGGGGGCGCCCCGCCGAGGCGAGGACAGCUCGGAGGAGGACUCGGCCGAGUGCCCCUGCCCCGGCGGCCGCUGCCUCCGCUCCUUCCCCGGCCGCGGCUGCGACUGCCCCCCCGGCUUCCAGCCCGACCCCAGCCGCACCCGCUGCCUGGACAUCGACGAGUGCCGGGAGCUGAACCAGCGGGGGCUGCUGUGCAAGAACGAGCGGUGCAUCAACACGAGCGGCUCGUACCGCUGCGCCUGCAAGCCGGGCUCCGUGCGCUCCCGGCCCCACGGCGGCCUCUGCAUCCCCCAGCGGCGCCGGUAGCCCCCCCCGGCGCCCCCCCCGCCCGCCCCCGGCCCAGUAAACGCCCGGGAACCGGC